GGUGCACUUGUUACAUCUAUUGCUCCGGCUCGUCUCUCUCCCCAGGACACACGCACAGACCUGCGUUUCUGCUAGGUAGCGCAACAUCGCAGGCAGUCCGGCGAGGGAAGGCAGCGUCUGUGGUGUACGGGCACGGGUAAUUCGUGCACUUUAAUAAUGCCCGUGGAAACGGCCUGCCUGCGAUAAACUGUACGUGAAAGAUCGGGGAGGUUCUUACGUGCUUUUUUUUUGCCAUGUUUGAAGACGAGGGGACACUGACGGCACCGUGUCCAUAGUAACCGACACCCGCAGCGCCUGCAAACAAACCUCCGUCUUCUUGAGGCACCAGCUCCGGCAUGACGGGGCGCCCGUCUCCCAGCGGGGAUAUUUACAUGCGAACCCGAAGUGGAGACUCUGGGAGGCGGACACCUCAUUAUUUAGCAUAGCUAAACGCCGCCGUAAGCUAGGUCGCAUGCAUAAUUCAUCAAGGGAAGUGAUACACGGCUGAAUUCACCGCGGGCCGCCCGAAGACGCCGGCUGUCGGGAACCGCGUCCAAACCCGGUUCACUGCAGCAGGGGAUCACCCGCGUCCCGGUUGCGGGAAACGAUGUGACCUGGCAUUGACGAUGAAUUAAACCGCAGCCCGAAUGCCCGAAGUCGCGUCUCCCACCGGCCGGUGUUUGUGGUAUAAAUUAGGCAGUCGAAUCGCACAGACCAUGCCGUUUGCCUGGCUGCGCUAAACCGGGGCGUGUGGAGGCUCGUCAAACUUACAAGGCAACCGGUCAGCUUUAGCCCUCUCUUGCAUCCGAAGAUAAAAAGCCAUGCAAUAAGGUUUCUGCGCCCGGCUGUGGGUUGCAACGCUAUCUUCCGGGCCCCGGCGCCGGUCCCGACAUGCUGCCGGGCUCUAUUCAGAUCACGGGAGAAGCCCUCUCGGGAGCCGAGAUCAAAGACAUUUGCGACAGCCUGAAGGAGAACAGCGUGCGGCUGCUGUCGGUCAGGGGCUGCCAGCUGUCCGACCGCGACUUCGGCCGGGUGUGCCGCGGCCUGACCGACUGCCACUCCGUGGCUCAGCUCAACCUCAACCUCGGCGUGGUCUCCAGCAUCGGCCGGGUCAAGCAGCUGGCCGAGGCGCUGCAGGCCAACAGGUCCAUCCAGGCUCUGUUUCUCCACGGGAGCCCGCUGAUGGAUGCCGGGCUGGCGGCUCUCAAUACUGCUCUGUCCACACACCCCUCGCUGGUGUCGCUGGACCUGGGCGACUGCAUGCUCGGGGACGAGGGGGUGCAGAUCAUCUGUGGCAUGCUGCCUCCGGACGGAGCCAAAUCAGGCCUGAAGGAGCUGACCCUCAGCGCCAACCCCGCCAUCACCUCCAAGGGCUGGGCGCGCCUGGCCAUCGCCGUGGCUCACAGCUCCCAGCUGCGCGUCCUCAAUCUGGACUACAACCCCCUGGGUGACCAGAUCGCUGGGAUGCUGGCAGUCGCCGUGGCUUCGAGCCGGACUCUGGAGGUACUGGAUCUAGAGGGAACAGGCCUCACCAACCAGUCCGCACAGAUCUUCCUGGACAUGGUGGAGAACUACCCGACGUGCCUGCGCAUGCUGGUGCUGGCCGAGAACGACAUCAGCGCCGAGCUGCAGCAGCAGAUCUCUGACCUGCUGUCGGAGGGGGAGGAGGACGACGAGGGGGCGGCGCGGGGCACCGGGGGGCCAGCCAGGGAGAAGACCACCUGGCUCUCACCAGGCAGUAAGGACUCCAGCUCCCAGAUGGUCCUGGUGACGUCGGGCCUGGGGGACAGCCUGCUGGCUGAGACCGAGAUGUGAGCCUCACGACAGUCGCCGGGCAGGAUGUGUAGCGCUUGUACACAGCCAACGGGAAAGGCACAAACGCUGAACACCAAGUGACUUAAGAGUGAAUUAUUUAUUUUAAAGAUGUACAGUCUAUAAAAAUAGAAACUUAUGGAACCAUAUGAAAUAGCCUCUGACGUAUAAGAACUACAUGCAGUUAAUGUUGUGAAUGUCGGCUAAGAGAAUAAACCUAUUUACAUCUUCUUAAGAAAAAGACUGGGGUGUCUUCUUUGCCCGGGUGCUUCCACUGCUAGGCUUGGAGGAGGGGGAGGGAAACACUUCACUGUAAAACUGCAGUCAUUGCCUGGACUGUGUAUCACCCCCCUCCAUUGGAACAAUCUGCUAAGGCUUCUCUCCCGGAAAGAGAGAAACACGGGAAAGUGAAACAUGCCCGGUCUUUUUUUGGUCUUCACCACAAAGCAUAUUAAUGACUUGGCACUGGGCAGAUUCCUAUUAGUCUAUAGCAGUGAAUAUUGCACUGUGUGGUAUAAAAUCAACAUGACUAAAAUACAACAGUUUCAUACAGACACUAAAAACUAAAACCUGUCCUGUGCUUAUGUGUAUAAAAGAAAAAAACAAAUCCCCAGCAAAUGUUAAAAUACCAUCGAUACCGAGUUAGCUGGUAGGAAAGGGAGAACAGACUCUAGUUCAGCACAAAGUAUCUUCAUCACUUUUGUUUUGAUCAGUUUUUUUUCUGUUUUCUACUUUCCCAUCACAUGAAAGUGAACCAUUUUGAAAGCUCCCACUGUGAUUUGUCCUUAUUUGCAGUACAAAGGUGCAACUUAUACGCACUCAUCAGUAUCAAAGUGUCUCUACACUUUUGUGUGCAAGAUGCCUUUGUUCUGCCGCAUUGCUUUUGCUGGGUUACCUGAGCACUGUGCGGAUGAGCAUCACCAUAAAACUACAAAGCCGCACAGCCAGUGUGGUGUGGUACUCUCAGUACGAUACCUUUCUCCAGCUGUGUGAAUGAAAUACAUUCAGGAUCGUAAGAGAAAAAGGUCAACUAUAUACUGUUUUACAAAACCUGCUAAUGGUUGUAGAAUAACGUUCUCUGGCAAGCAUCUUUAUACCUUAAUAAAAUCUGCAGAAUGCCUGUAAAAGUUGCAUUACAGAUUUCUCUGCUGAAUGAAAGAACAUGAAUAUGAAAAUGUUUUCUUUUCAGACUACCAAGUGUAAAAGUUCAACGCAUCAUGG